CUAAGCCGGACUGCUCAGGGCGAGCCGGCGCACUGGGUGCUGGGACUUGCGGUUUUUGCUCCAGCGCCUCCCCGCGGGUUUGCGACGUUUAGCGACUAUCGCGCCUGCGCCAGCGCCGGCGAAGAGGCUGGGGCCGUGGCGGCUCGUGCCGGGUGAUGCUAGGCUGCUCCCUGGGCUCCAGGCUAUUGCGAGGUGUGGCUGGGACUCGAGGGCAGUUCGGGGCGCGGGGUGUCCGCGAAGGUGGCGCGGCCAUGGCGGUGGGGGAGAGCAUGGCUCAGCGGAUGGUCUGGGUGGACCUGGAGAUGACAGGAUUGGACAUUGAGAAGGACCAGAUUAUUGAGAUGGCCUGUUUGAUAACUGACUCUGAUCUCAACAUUUUGGCUGAAGGUCCUAACCUGAUUAUAAAGCAGCCAGAUGAGUUACUGGACAGCAUGUCAGAUUGGUGUAAGGAGCAUCAUGGGAAGUCUGGUCUAACCAAAGCAGUGAAGGAGAGUACAAUGACAUUGCAGCAGGCAGAGUAUGAAUUUCUCUCCUUUGUACGACAGCAGACUCCUCCGGGGCUCUGUCCACUUGCAGGAAACUCAGUUCAUGCAGAUAAGAAGUUUCUUGACAAAUACAUGCCCCAGUUCAUGAAACAUCUUCAUUAUAGAAUAAUUGAUGUGAGCACUGUGAAAGAGCUGUGCAGACGCUGGUAUCCAGAAGAAUAUGAAUUUGCACCAAAGAAGGCUGCUUCUCACAGGGCACUCGAUGACAUUAGUGAAAGCAUCAAAGAACUUCAGUUUUACCGAAAUAACAUCUUCAAGAAAAAAACAGAUGAGAAGAAGAGGAAAAUUAUAGAAAAUGGGGAAAAUGAGAAGACUGUGAGUUGAUGCCAGUUCUCGUGCUGCCACCACGUAGUUCUCUGAAAGUGACUUCUGGUGGUUUUUUUUUUCCCUGGGCUCACACUGAUUGCUUGGCAGGGCACCUUCCUUCAGUUCACUUGCACCUCCAGAUUAUUCAAGCAGACAGCACCUGAAAAUUAUUUUUCUCCUCACAUGCUGUUUUCAUUUAUGACACAGCAGCUCCUUUGUAAGUACCAGGUCACAUCCAUCCCUUGGUACAACCUGUAUUUGCUUUUAGACCAUUUCUUUUGUUUAAAAAAAUAAUAAUAAUAAAGCUAGUUCUAUUGAAAUGCAA